AGUUUUCAUUUCCAUUUGUCAAUAACUUUCUCUUAUUCAAGCUAUGGGAAAGAUUUAUAUGUCUUAUUAUCAUAUUCACAGACAAAAUGCAGUGUAUGUGUCAAUCUUAUAGGAUAUAGAGAAUUCUACAGAUGUUAAACAAGGAAUUAAAGUUGCAUUAGAUGGUGGCAAAAUAAUUAUUGCACUAUCAUUCAAAGAUGACAUUAGCAGUAUACCAUAAAUUCAUUUUUUUUGCAGAGGAAGGGGAAAGAAGGUUUUCAAGCUGCUUUUAGUUUGAGGUUUCUGUGGUACAGCAAUGUCCGACACAGGGCCUGUUGUUGCCUGCAUAGAUGACACUAAACCAGAUGGCUCCUUUCCUGCACUUGUGGGGUUCAUUACUUCAACACAGGCCAGAAAAGUCUGUGACAUGACUGAAGAGCAAAGGAAGCAGGCAGUGUGUGAACACUAUGCUAAAGUUUUCCAGUGUCCAGAGUUCCUUCAUCCUGUGCACUAUGUGGAACAUAACUGGAUGGCGGACACCUUUUCUGGAGGAGGACCUGGGGCAAACUUAGGACCAGGUGUGCUGACAAGCUUUGGCAGUGAGCUAGGCAAGCCCUUUGGCUGUGUGUACUUUGCUGGUUCAGAGACUGCUGUGAAGUGGAAUGGGUACAUGGAUGGGGCUGUAGAAGCUGGAGAGAGAGCGGCAAGAGAGAUUUUGCAUGCCAUGGGGAAGAUAUCCGAAGACGAGAUCUGGCAGGAGGAACCCCACAGUAUUGACGCCCCGCCCACCCCCGUGGCUGCCGUUUCGUGGGAGAAAUACCUUCCAUCUGUUCCGCAGCUGCUGUUUUUCCUCCUGGCCUUUGUUGUGCUGGUGGUUGCUGUAACUUUACUGUGUGUUUCCCUGGUGUAAUAAAUUACAGGCUACUCCGGGAUAUCGGGAUGUAUACUUAGUAACCGGCAUCUCAACUGGUAGCAGCCUCACAGUUGAGCUCCUGGUUUUAAUAAGUUGGUAACCUGGUUCAAUCUUGGGUAGGGCAAUAAUGUACCCUGCUUACUGGAGCAGCAAGCAAAUAAAUUACUCCCCUAUGUGUAUUGGUCUGAAAAUAGGUUAGAAAGAGAAUGCAUUUCCUAGAGAUUUGAGGUGACCAUUGCAAUCUGUUGCCUCACAAAAUUAAAUGUUAGUAUAUAGAGUAUACUAGUAGAUGAUAGCUAUGCAUAUUUUAUAGAACUCAUCAGGUAUGUGCACUGAAACUUACAGAAAAACUUAAGAUAAGGUCCUAGCUGACCCUAAACAAAGAGUUUGCUUGUGUAAAACUAUGUUAAUUUUUUAUGCAUGUAAUAUAUAUUGUUCUAUGCAUCAUCAUCAGAUGUGAUGCUAGAAAAUGUCAUGUUACAAUCUUGAAAUGCCAGAUUUUUAAAUCUUAACAUUCCAUCAUAUUUUAUAUACUUAUAAUUAGCACAAGUUAGUAUGAUAGCCACAUAUGUGUAUAUACAACAGAAAUGAAAUUUUCACUUAACAAGUAAAACAGGACCUGGUGUAACACAGGUGUAAAAGCAUAGUCUGUUGCAUUACUAUCCAGGCAUACAUGUCUGGACUUUUUCUAUUAUCUUCUUAAGGUAAUGACAUGAUUAGGCCACACCAAUUUAAUUUGUUGCUUCUUGGAUUUUUUCAGAGAAAUAUUGGGGCGGUCGGUCGAAAAAAAUAAAUAAAUAAAAUUUUGCAAAAAGUCUGGGGUGAA